UGCCCCUCCUCCGGAAUGACCCCUCUCCCUCUCCCCGGGACACCCCUCACUCACUCUCCCUCCCUCUCCCCGGACUCACCUCUCACACUCCGAUCCCUCCCUCCCUCCCUCCCUCAGUCCCGCUUGCCCCUCCUCCGGCCCCCGGCCUCACUUCCCGCUCCGCCCCGGAACGGCGGCAGGAAGAGGCGGAUCCGGAUCCGGAUCCCGGAGCCCGGCGCUGGGAGAGAAAACCCCGACAUGUCCUUCAAACCCGGGGGGAGCCAGUCCGUGAUUAGCGUGAACUCACCAUCGUCCACUCUGCCCCCCAAUUCGUUCAGACCCGUCUUCAAUGACUUCGGCCCCCCCUCCAUGGGUUACAUGCAGGGUCUGAAGCCGAGCCAGCCGUCGCAGAGCACCUAUUCAGACCUUCUCUCGGUGAUCGAGGAGAUGGGCAGGGAGAUCAGACCCACCUAUGCGGGCAGCAAGAGCGCAAUGGAGCGUCUGAAGAGAGGCAUAAUUCACGCUCGUGCCCUGGUCCGUGAGUGUUUGGCAGAGACAGAGAGAAAUGCUCGUUCCUAGUACCCUCUCCUCCUCCCCCACCCUUCCACAUUGUCCUUUCACUCUACCUCCCUCCACCCCUCCCACCCUACCCC